AGAAUGUCAAAAAAAAAAAAAUUUCACACGAUCAUUCAAUUUUCUCCAGCUGGUUGAGACUUAUUCCCUCUUGAUUAAAUUUCUUUAAGGCGCCGCCAGAAAAAGCUCAUCCUGCAAGAUGGCUAUCACUGAGAUCAUCCAUUUUGGAGUACAACCAGUUCUUGACGCGCACCCAUCACAAACAACCGUUGACGACACUUUUCAGAAAGCUGCUAAGGCCCUCGGAGAAGCGAAAACUCCCCAGCACUUCGCUGUUGGUACACAGAUUCAGAAUCAAGGUGCCGUCCAGAUUACGUCAGAGUGGGAUGGUGACCAGGACAGCGUAAACAUUGAGAAUACUCCGGAGCGUGAUUCCUUUCUUCAGAGUGUUCGCAGUUUCUUUGGCGAGCCAUGCAGCAUUUUCCACGUCACCCUGGACCGGUCAGCAUUCGGAGCAGAUGGGCCUGCCACGGCGAACGUCGUCGAGUUUGUGCAAACCUUCUUCCCAUCGUCUCGCGUCACUCCAGAGUUCCAGAAGCAAAUCGGAGAGGAUUUCCUAAGGUUCGAUGAGAUCUAUAAGGAGGGCGCAAAGGGAAGUUUAAGUUGGGCAUGUGGUUGGGUCCUGGAAGAGCAAGACCAUGAAAACAUCAAGGGCGAGAAAGCGAAGUCGUUCUUCGUUACUAGGGGAUGGGAAAGCAUGAAGCAUUUCGAGCAGUCGGUAAACAAUGACGCAUACAAGACUGCCAUACCAUUACUGCUUGCUUGGAACGCCCCUUGGAAAAUGUGGCAUGUCGAGCGAAAACCCUAGACAGCAUCAAGCUAUGAAACAAUUGUUGAGAUCCGUUGUUUGACAGAUCAAUGGCUAUUCCGAUCAUUUGGUGGAUGGGAUGUGGAUGUCUUCUUGUCAAUAUCUUCCGCUGGUUAGCGCUAGUUAUUUUUCUUCAAUACAAUAUGCUCAUUUCGACAACAAUAUGACACUCGUGUACGGUCAUCUUAGUCGCCUCUGAAGACGGUGCUAGCGCAUGCCAGCGGCCUUUAUCGAAAAUCCUCCAAGCUACAGAAGAAUUAUUUUCUUUUGUAUCUGUACGGAGUAGAGGAGUGGUGUACGAAAGACAUUAAGAAUGAAGGAAGAGUGACAGAUUCCUGUACCGCUGUGUCCGUG